AUCGAACUAAGCAAAAUAUUCAACCUCCAGUCGUCUGUUUACUGAGUAGACUUCACAAAUAGAAGUUGUCUUAAUGUUAAAAAGGCUACGCGUUAACUGGGAGUCCGUUUCAUUGCUUUAUUUGUCGGUAGCACGUUUGAUGUUGUUGCUAUGGUGAUGGUGGCACAUAACAGCGAGGAUAAAGGAAGACGACCCACCUUCUCUUAAACAACAAACAACAGUCAUUAACAUUAUCCAUUUAAUAACAAAAUUCACACAUGGAGGAGCGCUUUGCUUUUCUGGCUGAGUGGUACGACCCCAGUGCGGCUCUCCUGCGGCGAUACCAGCUGCUCUACUACCCUAAAGAUGGCUCGGUGGAGAUGUUUGAUAUGAAGAACCAGCGGACCUUCCUGCGGAGGACCAAGUUGGAGGAGCUUCAACCAGAAGAUCUGUUUGUUGGAAACCGAGUGAACAUCUUUUCACGUCAGCUGAACCUCAUAAGUUAUGGGGAUCAGUACACAGCCAACAAGCUGGGCAGUAAGAAGGAAAGGACUUUGGCUAUGAUUAAGCCGGAUGCUGUCAGUAAAGUUGGCGACAUUAUUCAGAUGAUUUAUGAUGCCAACCUAAUCGUCACCAAAGCCAAAAUGACUAAACUUACAUGGAAGCAGGCAGCGGACUUUUACAUGGAACAUCAAUCAAAGUCUUUUUUCAAUAAUCUGGUGCAGUUUGUGAGCUCUGGCCCUGUAAUUGCUAUGGAGCUGAUGGGGGACGAGGCGGUGUCGACUUGGAGAAAAGUUCUAGGCCCGACGGAUUCUGGUGUGGCACAAAAAGAGGCAGCGCAUAGUCUAAGAGGCCAGUUUGGUACAGACGGAACUAAGAAUGCAGGACAUGGUUCAGACUCAUUGGCAUCUGCUGCACGGGAAUUGGAGUACUUUUUUCCCUCCACUGCUGGUCACGGCCUCUCAAACACAGCCAAAUAUUCAGACUGUACCUGCUGUAUCAUCAAACCUCAUGCCAUCUCAGAAGCAUUGACAGGAAAGAUCCUUAAAUCAAUCAUAGAAAAUGGGUUCGAGAUAUCUGCCCUACAAAUGUUCAACAUGGAUCGAGCAAAUGCUGAGGAGUUUUUAGAGGUUUAUAAAGGGGUUGUUGCCGAGUACACUAAAAUGGUGGACGAACUUUGCUCUGGACCUUGCAUGGCCCUGGAAAUACAUGCCACAGAUGCACCAAGAACCUUUCGAGAGUUUUGCGGACCAGCAGAUCCUGAAAUUGCACGCCACCUUCGGCCCAAAACUUUACGAGCCCUGUACGGCAAAAACAAACUGCAGAACGGCGUUCACUGCACAGACCUACCAGAGGACGGGAUUCUAGAGGUCCAGUAUUUCUUUAAGAUUUUAGAUGGAUGAAGCAACUGUGAGAUGGAGAUGUCUUUUCGGCUGUGAUUUCAAUAAAGACCACUUUGACAAUG